AAAACGACAAUAGAUAUAUUUUACUUUAUUUUGCUAUCCGUCCUUAUAAAAUAGUCGAGAAGGAGAUGAUCCUUCGUUAGUUACCAAGUUGCCGUCAGCUAGGACGCUUUCAAAAUUUUUCAUUAACAAAAUGAUAGAAUUGAACGUUGAGCUUCGUGAUAAUAUAUUUAAGGUAUUUCUUUUAUCGAGCUUGAUAAAUUUGAUAAAAGCGCAGUACACGCCAGUGAUUCAAACUCAAUCCGGGCCCGUGGUCGGUGAAUAUUUAACGACGGUCAGACACAGGUACAGCUACGCCUCGUUCAAAGGAAUACCAUACGCCGAGCCACCCUUGGGUUAUUUACGUUUCCAGCCUCCGGUGGAGAAAAGGCCAUGGGGAAAUUUAUUGUACGCGCUGAGCGAGGGAAGCGCCUGCUCGCAAGUUAAUCAAAUGAACUUCAGCAUCAUCGGUUCCGAGGAUUGCUUGUAUCUGAACAUCUUCACGCCUCACGUCGAUUUCUCAGCCAUAAACUCCAACAAUCUCAAGGCCGUCAUGGUAUGGAUACACGGUGGCGGAUUUUCUUCCGGUUUCGGGAAUACAGAUUUCUACGGGCCCGAUUAUUUGAUGGAGAACGACGUCGUUCUCGUGUCCUUCAAUUAUCGACUCGGCAUUUUCGGAUUUCUGAACCUCAAUCAUCCUCAUGCUACUGGAAAUCAAGCUCUCAAGGAUCAGAAUUUAGUUUUGCGAUGGGUUCGUCAGAAUAUAGCGGCAUUCGGAGGAAAUCCCAAUCUAGUCACGAUUUUCGGUCAAAGUGCUGGCGCCGUGUCCGUCGAUCUUCACGUUUUGUCCGAAAUGUCAGCUGGUUUAUUCAGUCGAUCGAUAUCCAUGAGCGGUUCUCCGCUCUGCGAGCAAUGGGGCCUACAGAGCAACGUCGAGGCCGAGCAAGAGGCCUACUCAGUGGCAGCCCAGCUGGGCAUUUAUGCCGGUAACAGCCAAGAGCUGUUGAACGCAUUUUACACGAUCCCGGCCGAGACGUUUUUGAGCGUUACUCGAUCGUGGCCAUUUUCGCAGUUCAGGCCAACGAUCGAGAGGACAAUAUACGGAUACUAUGACAACCGAUUUUUAAAGCACUGCCCGCUCAAGUACUAUGAGACGGGCAGGUAUAACAAAGCGCCGCAUAUGCUCGGCUUCACGUCUUUGGAGCCACUUCUCUACCCGAAAGGUAUCUAUUUAUUUUAUUUUUUUUUUAUAAAGUUACUCGACACGAGAUAACAACAAACACAAAAUUUUUUUAAUUUUACAGCUUCGAUAUUCAUAUUAUUAAA